UUCAGUGAAGGUCGGCCUGACCGAGCUCCUCUGCAUUAGGUGGCGGAAUGCGCCCGCAUAGCUGCUCGCAGAAUGUGGCGUAUAAUAAAGAAGAACAAUCUUCCCCAGCUUCGGAUCAAAGGUAGCACUAGCACCUUAGCAAACAAACCCAGGAUAGUAUUUGGUCCCUAUGGUGCUUUUCAAAACGCUGUUAAUCGCUGAACGCUGGAUAGGCGAGAGAAAAUCGUAGAAUCAAAGAGGUCGUGCUCGCGUGUAAUGCGAUGAGCGCGAGAAUUAGCAUCUGCUGUGAACGCGAGCUUCAGAGCUAACGGCGGCUGCUGCUGCUGCUGAUGAUAACGGGCAGCCGACAAGGAAUUACCGCUUUUAUCGUCCUUCGUCGGUUUUGUUGCUCUCUUGUCAAGAACACGGUUGGCAAAUAGUGGCUGGAGGAACAGUAACGUAAACGGUGGCUAGUCUGCGCUAACGUUACUUUUGCCUGUGAAAUGCAUGCGUAACUUAAGAUGUUAGCCGAGCACGUAUAGCCUCAGAAACUCGCGUCUUCAUUGCUUUCCUACUGUCUUGUGGAGUUUGACAGUGUAGUGCAUUUAAUGCCAGUUUCGCAUUCAACAAGGAAAGGCGCUGGUGUUCCAAAGUUCAUCGGACAGCAUGGAAAUUGUACAUAAGAAGGUAUCUUAGCGCUUAGACCUCAUUUAACGCCAAGAUUUAGGUAAGAUCGCACCUGUACGAGCUUGUUGAAGCCAAAGAGUGAGUGUGUGUCACAGUCAACAUCAUGUCUGAGGACACCAGCAUGGACAGAUUCAUAAAGGAGACAUCAAUCCUGGAAGAGUAUAACAUCAAUUGGACACAGAAGCUGGGAGCUGGGAUCAGUGGUCCUGUGAGGGUAUGUGUGAAGAAGUCGACACAAGAACGGUUUGCCCUGAAAAUCUUGAUUGACAGACCCAAAGCCCGCAAUGAGGUCAGUCUUCAUAUGAUGUGUGCCUCUCACCCCAACAUUGUGAAAAUAAUGGAGGUGUAUGCCAACAGUGUACAGUUUCCCCAUGAAUCCAGUCCAAGGGCAAGGUUACUGAUUGUCAUGGAAAUGAUGGAAGGUGGCGAGUUGUUCCACAGAAUCAGCCAGCACAAGCACUUUACAGAAAAGAUGGCCAGCCAGGUCACUAAACAGAUAAGCCUUGCAUUACAACACUGUCAUUCAUUAAAUAUUGCACAUCGAGACCUGAAACCAGAGAACCUGCUCUUCAAGGACAAUUCACUGGAUGCUCCUGUAAAACUGUGUGAUUUUGGUUUUGCCAAAAUCGACCAAGGGGAUUUAAUGACCCCACAGUUCACACCGUACUAUGUAGCACCGCAGGUGCUGGAGGCACAGAGACGCCACCAGAAAGAAAAGUCUGGAAUUAUACCUACCUCACCCACACCUUACACAUACAACAAGAGCUGUGACCUAUGGUCCUUAGGGGUGAUCGUCUAUGUAAUGCUCUGCGGAUAUCCUCCAUUUUACUCCAAACACCACAGCCGUACCAUCCCAAAAGAUAUGCGCAAAAAAAUCAUGACUGGCAGCUUUGACUUCCCAGAGGAGGAGUGGAGUCAAAUAUCUGAAAUGGCCAAGGACAUUGUCCGCAAGCUACUUAAAGUGAAGCCAGAGGAGAGACUAACCAUAGAGGGAGUGUUAGCCCAUCCCUGGCUCAACUGCACUGAAGCGCUGGACAAUGUGCUUCCAUCUGCUCAAAUGAUGAUGGACAAGGCAGUUGUGGCCGGAAUCCAACAGGCCCAUGCUGAACAACUGGCCAACAUGAGGAUACAGGACCUGAAUCUCAGUCUAAAGCCACUCAACUCGGUCAACAACCCCAUUUUGAGAAAGAGAAAGCUACUUGGCACCAAACCUAGCGAUGAACUUUUCAUCAAUGAUCCUGAGAAUGAGGCUGAAGACACCAACGUGGCUCUGGAAAAACUUCGGGAUGUAAUCGCACAGUGCAUCUUGCCACAGGCUGGUGACAAUGAGGAUGAGAAGCUAAAUGAAGUUAUGCAUGAAGCGUGGCGAUUCAAUCGAGAUUGCAAACUACUUAGAGAUGGAUUGCAAGGGUUAAGUUGGGAUGGUAGAUCAUUUUCAGACAGAGUAGAUCGCUUAAAGCUGGCUGAAAUUGUCAAACAGGCCAUUGAAGAAAAGACAAAUUUACAGGACUCCCAAUAGCAAGUGCUGUCAUUUUAAUCCCUUUUAUACUGUUAAUUAUAAUUGUCAUUAGGCGUAUGAUUGCAAAACAUGUUUUUGUAUUAAAUUGCAGACCUUUUUCCACGGUCAUACUGUAGUCUGUUGUAAAUCUCUAGCUGAAACCAAGUUGUUGUUGGUAUGAUUUGUUUUCACUACAGACUGCAGUAAAGAAAUGUGUUUUAAAGAAA